GAUUGGACCAAUAGGAUGAUCUUAAAAAAAGAAAACUGCGUGUAGGGGGCGUGGCUUCUCUACGGAGGGUCGCGCGGGAGCGAACAUGGAGGAUUAGUUAUCGCCUAACAUCUCCGGGAGGAAGAAGACGCCGAGGACAGUUUCCCUUUGUUUCGUGAGUGUUUUGUGUUCCGCUCCAACAUGGACAUGAAGAAGAGGAUCAGCCUGGAGCUGAGGAGCAGGAACCCCGCCGAGGUGGUGGAGCUGGUGGUGGAUAACUGUCGCUCCAGUGACGGGGAAGUGGAAGGUCUGACGGAGGAGUACACGGCGCUGGAGAUCCUCAGCAUGGUGAACAUCGGCCUCACGUCGCUCUCCAAACUGCCCUCGCUGCCCAAGCUGCGCAAGCUGGAGGGAGGGGGGGAGGUGUCUGCUGUGAGGAACUCAUUAACAUUCUUUAAAGGGGACAAGCAUCUUCAUGGACGUGGUCCAGUGUGGAUCCUCUGCCUCGGACUUUCUUUGGGUUUAUGUCAUCGAAGCUACUUCAGUUGA